AUGUUAAAUAAUAAUUGUUAUUGUAUUAUUUUUACUUUACUGCCUUAUAUCUAUAUUUUCUUUUCAGCUAGCGUUUUGACCAAAAUUAAAAAUAACUCGCAGUUGUUCAGCACUAAAUUCAGUUUCGAAUCGAUAAUUCGGUCGGCUAGUGAGCCUAUUUCUGGACAAACUUUAUCAGUCACACCUGCAUAUAAUGUUGAAUCCAAAAUUUAUAAUACUAAAUCGACGAAUAAUACGAAGAAGGAAGCAACUCGAAGUAAUAGUACGAAUGAUCAGUUCAAAACAUCAAGAAAUUCAAAAAAAGAUGCGCCAUCUACGAAAGAAAUAUCAACACAGGAAAAAAUCAAAAGUCCAAGUAAACCAAAAAUUAGUGCUAAAAAAUAUACUGGAAAAUAUACAGUGAAACCUAGCAUUCAUAAUACGAUAAAAGAAUCUGAUGAAUGGUUUCCAAAAAUAGACAAUCCUAACACUUUUAUUCAGACUCGUAUAAGCGAAGAUUCUGGAUUAUACGCUACCGACUCAGGCAAAGUGGAGUAUAUUGAAUCUAAUGCUACAAUUAUUCAGACUAAAAGAAUACUUGGAAAUCAUUCUAAUAUGAACUUUGACAUUAAUUUAGAAAAUACUAUUUACAGAAAUAGCGGAAACAGCAAAAAUUCUCGAACAAUUACUGAAAAAUCCAUACUGAAAAAUUAUCCUACUAAGUUUGAAACCGAUUUUGUUGCAAAAAGCUCUAUUUAUGGAAAUAUUCAUAAUAACACGAGCAAUACGCCAGCAAUUGCUGAUGAAUAUACGCUAAAAGGUGCCCUAAAUUAUUAUCGCAGACAACUGGAUGUAACCCUAAAGGUAAAUUCCGAUAAUCCACUUUCUAUUUUUAGUUCUAUUAAUAGUGAAAGUAGCUUAGUGGUGAAUGAAAAUCUCACGACGAUUCAUGCUUCGACUAGUUCAAAUCGAAUGAUGGAUACGAGUUUAGACGAAGACAAAAAUCGAACUGCAAGAGUGGAUACAAGUCCACUGAAGAACAAUUCCUUAAUUCAGACCAGUUUAGCCAAUCCAACUGUGAACUAUCUACAACAAUCGUCGAAUAUUGCAAAAAAUAAUAGCAUAGACAUAAAAGCAAUUGGCAUUCUUUCAUCCGUUAAUAGCCCAUUUAUUACUAAUUAUUUUCGCACGAAUAAUUCAAAUUCAUCCGAAUUUGGUAGCGAAACACAAAUUUAUACAAUCAGUGAAACAACAAUUGGAGACGAAUUCAAAAAUAAAAAUCAAAAUAAUGAAAAAAUAAAAUUUUCGAUUACUAAAAAUCCCCUAAUUACUGGAACUGCGAUUUUCUUAGAGACGAAAUACAGUGAUACGAAUUCGAUGGAGGAAUUGGAAUCGACAAUAAUGGGGAAUGAUGGAGAAAUGGAAUUGAAAAGAGCUGAAGGCACAACAAACCAACAAAGCUCAUCUAUUUCUGUAGGUACAUCGAAAACUAUUAUACAGUUUAAUAAUUCUAAAAUCGCUGAUAUUUCGAUAUUUUCAGAUAGCAAUUUAAAUAAUCAACGCGAAAUACCCAAUUAUUCUUCGCAAAAGGAUACAAUAGAUUUUCAUAAAUAUUAUCCAAAUUCUGAAGCAAAUAUUCUUUCAAAAACCACGGCAAUCUUAUCGACUAAUUGGCAUAAUUCGACUAAUUUUGGGAAAACAUUUCAAAACGUCAGUGAUAAGACAAAUUUUCCAUUCACUGCUAAUUUACUCAAUGAUGAAAGCGUUUCACUUAGUUUAUCUCAGUUGAAUAAUGCUGGACUGAAUAAAUCAGUAAUAGGCAGAAGCAUAUCUAUUUCUCCUGUAAGUGAAACAACUGGCAAUAAAAGCGCUUCUUCGAUAUAUCGCCCUAAUACUGUUGAUAAUAGCUCACAAAAUGAAUUUUCUGACGAAAAAGUGAUUAGAACCAAUAGUGAUUUUAUUUGGAAUGAUCAAAAAGUGACAAAUGAAUAUUUUAAUGAAUAUGCAAGUAACAAAACAAAUCAAUAUGCAUUCUCCUCAGGAAGUACCAUUCAACAAAUUUGGAGAACCAUUGCCUCGAAUGAAACAAGCGGAUUCAAUCCUUUAGCGUCAAAUAAUUUAUUAAUUACGCUGGUUCUAGGCAGUGAAACGAAACGUCCACCACACCUGUCAUCACAACUCGAUAAUAAUAAUCGGACUAGAAGUUUUUUUCGUUCGCCCACAUUCUCGCAUAAAUUAUCUAACAAUAACUAUGUUAUGCUUAAUCCUACCAAUGAUACUUUUUUGAAUUUCAUCGAAAUCCCUCCUGAAAAUAUGUCGACAAUAUUAUAUGAAAGGUUUGGAAGUUUGAAUAAAUUGAAGACGAUAUUUGGCAGUAAAAUUAUGUACAACAAGCCUAAAUCACCGUUCACAUCAAAUAUUUUAAUUUCACUUCGUAAGAAAUCCACCAGAAUUUACGACAAAAAUGAAAUACGACAAUCCAAUGCAAAAAGCUUUAUUACUACUUCUGAGUUUAAAAAUAAUCUUGUGAAAAAUGAAAAACAAUAUUCAAUGAAAUUAUCAAAAAGUGCAAAGGGUAAAGAUAAACAAGAAUUACAAGAAUUAAUCUACACUACCAAAAGAUAUAAUGAUAAGACAAGAUAUAAUGAUAAGACAUGGAUUAAUAAUAUCACUAUGAACAAUAACUCUAACGUACCCAAUGAUUCUACAAAUAAAUUAAAAAUCACUGAUCUUGAUAAAUAUAUUAGUUUAAUGAUAGCGACAAGUGGAAAAUCUCGAUUUUCCGCGAGUUUUAAUAAAAUUCCUAUAACAAAGAAUUCUUUCACUAAAUCUGCAUUUCUUAAAUUAGCAGAUAAUGAAAACCUUAAAUCUUUCAAUAUAACAAGCAGUGGUAACAAAAAAUCGACUAUUCCGAAAUAUUUGAUAAUAUCAAAAAAGACGAAUAUUGAAGAAGCAAUCUAUCAUCAGUCUAUGGAAAGAAAUAACGAUUCUCGAAGUAGAAUUAGGAAUUUCGAUGUUAUGAAAAAAUACUCUAACAUAUUUAAUAAUUCUACGAUUAAAUUGAAAACCACUGAAGUUCAUAAGUAUAGUCAAUUUAAUUUAACGACAGCGAAAAGACCUCAACUAUAUUUCAGUGAGAAUUCGCCUAUUAAAUUUGUAUCUCUUAAAUUCAUAGCUAAUAAUAAUUCUAAAUCUAUGAAUAUAAUUAAUAAUGGAUGUAAAAGGAAAUUAAAUUUGGUCUGCAAUCGAACUGCUAAACGUUAUGGUAAUAAUCGACCAUACGACAAUAUAACGCAAAAUACGAUUAAAAAUUCUAUCCUUACAAAAAAAAAUUCCUCUACAAUAAAUGAUGACACUUUAUCAGUUAUCAGUAAUGCGCUGAAAAUUAUCAAUCACGAUAUGAUGAACGAAAGCACGAAAACAUACCAAAAAAAUCUAACGAUUCGUCCGAAUUCCAGUACGAUUAAAACGAAUGUAGAUGAUAAGAUGAUGAUGAAAUUAAUUGUGAACCCAAGCGAUCUUAAGAAAAAUGCGAACAUCACAAGUAGAUCUAAAUUUAUUCUCUCUAUUUCAUUUAUUUUAUAUUUUAUUUUAUAUUUUCAAUCAUAUAUUUUUAAAGACAUGCAUUGGGUAAAUGGAAAAGUCUUUUCAUUUCCACCGACUAUAGCCAUUGAUAAGAACAGAGAUCAGACCAGACUUUCACCAUAUGAUGAUCCAGGUCUCUUAAGCCGCCAACCUGUGGGUAAACUUAUCGUGCAUGUUUGUCAACAUGAUUUCUUAUUCGCUUCGACUAAACAGCCUGUCAAUAUCUAUGAAUGUAUGGAUGAUGGCCACUGGAGUAGCAAUAUGUUAGGAGAAACGUGCAAAAACUACUAA